AUGCAGUGUGAUGCUGCAGUGUUGCUGGGGAUUCCUUUCCCCACUGCCUUGAGAUGGGUCAGGCAGCUGCAGCAGGAGCUUGCCAAUGCUCUCAAAAAGAGCUCCCUGGCAGAAGCUUCACUCGAAGCUAAGAAGCGCUACAGCAGGGACCUGCAGGAACAGAAACUGCAGUUGCAGGAGGAACUGGACAGGUCUAAAGUUAAGAGCUGCAAAGUCACUUUAGGAGCAGGAGGACCUUCUAACCAUGUUGAAGUAGCAAACAAGUGGCUACGAAGAGUGUUUGGAGUCCUUGAAAGAGGAGUGUUGUGGCAGCAUUUAGAAAACGCUGUAGGAAAUCAAUGUAGGCGUAGGAGAGGAGCCAGUGUGAAAGAUGAAGAGCUGCAGGAAUUGAAAGAACGGCAUGUCCGGACUGAAUGUUAUGCUAAGUCCCUGAAGAACGCCAUAAAGGAUAAGGAGAGGGAACUAACAGCUUCCAGGAUCCUGCAGGGCCUUCUGGCUGCAUCUUCUGGAACUGCAGCUAUCUCAGAGCUGGAAAAACGCAUGCAACGGCUCCAAGUUGGAAAGGCCAGGCUAGAAGCCAUAGCCCGGCAACAAGCCAAGACCAUUGAAGCCCUUCAGAAAGACCUGCAAGCCUCUGCCUCAACUCAUAAUGGCCUGGAGGACUUGAUAACUGGCCUUCAGGCAACACAGACUGCACAGGAACACCAAUAUCAGCAGUGGGGGAGUGAAAGCAAGGAAGCGAAGAAGCUGGCCAAGAUGAAAUGCCGAUUGGAAGCGCUUCUGGACGAAAUGCAGGGAAGAAACAUUGCACUGGAGGAAGAACGUACCAGGUUGAAGAUACUUCUGGAGGGAUCUUGGACAACACUGAUGGCAUAUGCAGGGAAAAAGAGAGAGUCCCAGCUCAGUUUCGAGGGAGAGCAGGUGGCAAAUCCAGUCUCUAUGGCCCCUCACUUUAGGGAUCUCCACAGAACUGGAGAUGCAGUCAAAAAAACACAUGGAAGACAAAACCAAGACCUGCAAGAAAAGUUGUCCACUUUGCGUGUGACUCAGCAAGAACCGAGGCAGAACCAGGCCUUGACCUCAGAAAUCGUUGGGAGACUAACAUGCCACAGAUGAACCUUGAACACGGUUAGUGAUGAGAAGACCCUGGAGCAGAGGAAGCGCCAGUGCUAGAAAUCAAAGAGGGAUCACAGGGAAACAAAUGAAGCCUGGAAACCUUUGCCUUCCGCCUUGUGCAGCCACUAC